CGUGCGCGGCGCUCGGCACCGGGCGCGUCCUGCAGCCGCUCGCCCUCCGCGGCCCCGGGAGCGGCCCCGGCGGCGCUGCCGUGGCCAGGCGCGGGCACACCCGGGAUGUCCUCGUCGCCCGCGGAGGAGUGCCGGUCGCCCGUGGGGCUGGACUGCUGCAGCUGCUGCCUGGACCUGGCCAACCGGAGCGGGCUGGAGGAGGGGGCAGGCGGCGAGAACAACAACCCGGGCAGCCCCACCGUGAGCAGCUUCCGGCAGCUGCGGGAGCAGCUGGUCCGGCAGAACCUCAACACCGACAAGCUGAGCUCCAUCAUGCGCCAGGACUCGCUGGAGCCCGUCGUGCGGGACCCCUGCUACCUCUUCAACCAGGGCAUCUGCAAUAGGAACAUCGACCAGACCCUGCUCUCCAUCCUCCUCCUCUUCCACAGCGCUUCCGGAGCCAGUGUGGUGGCCAUCGACAACAAGAUCGAGCAAGCGAUGGAUCUUGUGAAAAAUCAUCUGAUGUACGCAGUGCGGGAGGAGGUGGAGGUCCUGAAAGAGCAAAUCAAGGAACUGUUGGAGAAAAACUCCCAGCUGGAGCGUGAGAACAGCCUCCUGAAGACCCUGGCCAGCCCCGAGCAGCUGGAGAAGUUCCAGUCCCGGCUCCCAGUGGAGGUGCUGUGCCCUGAGGAGCAGAGCCCCGGGGUGGCUGCCCCGGCCCAGCACUCCGGGGCCUCUGCGGUGUAAGGUGGCUCUGUCCUUGGGGUGGGCAGAGCCACAGAACUCUUUCUACUUAAUCUCCUGCAAAAUCGUUUCCGCCUUCAUCUCACACGAAGGACUGCCAGACCUGGCGCUGAGCCGUGCCCCCCGGGCAGCCCUGGCCAGCCCGCAGAGCCAGUGGCCGUCUCCUGCAUGAGGAUGCUCUUCUUCAAGGGAGACGCAGGCAGCUGACCCCCCCUCCCCAUCCAACCGCCCGCCGGGUGCCAGGAGGAGACCUGUGGCUGCCCGUCCCGGGCUCUGCUGAAGCCUGGGCACCUUGGCACCCUGGCAGUGCCGGGCAGUCUUUGGCACCACGAUGGGAGCCUGCGGUUGGAAGGAGCGCUGGCCGAGCCUCGGGCCACGGCUGCACUCUGCAGGGGGGUGUCUCUUUCUGGCAAAGCCUUACGUUGGAGGGAGACCGACGUUUAGCGAGCGAAGCACAUUUGUCCCACGAGCCACCCAGGAGCCUGCUGGAACCCGACCCAGACUGAGCAGCACCGGAGGUGGCAGCUGCAGCGUAGUGCAUGGCUGAACGCACAGCAGUGUGGGGAUUACAAGGGAAAAAAAAAAAAGCUUGUUUUGUUAGUUUGGGCAUCUUCUGUAGCUGUAUCUAUGUAUAAACAUGCACACGAGCGGUGCCUCCGAGGCUGUGGGGUGCCCGCUCUGGGCCAGCCAUGCCCAUUGGAACAGCUGGGGGAUUCAAGCCAGACUGGAACGGUGAGCGGCUGUCACUGGGUGGCCAGCUGCUGCAAGUCGCAGCAAGGAGGGGACAGAUUCACCCCUCUCUGGUGUCCCACGUGAUGAAGCAGUGUGGCAGCACUGGGAGGAUCCGGACUGACCACUGGGCAGAGCUGUGAGCGGGGCUGCGCUCCAGCCUGCUGGGUUGGGAGGAGCUGGCUUGUUUUCUGAGCUCCCCCCUGUACCUGGCCUGCUCUCUGGGAAGAGAUGGGACAUUGCUUUUGAUGUCAGAAGCGGUGACACUGUUGUGUAUAUCUAGAUAGAAAUGGCAAUAAACUCUACUUUUUAUAUAUA